AUUCGACAUUCGCACUAAUAAAUUGAUGAAAAUCACAAGUCAAAACGAGUUAAAUCAUUGCGUGCAGUAUAUAAGUAUGCAUUAUUGAGUAGUUUUCUGCAAACGAAUAAUUUAUUAGACACAAAUCUAGAUAUACGCAGUACCAUGUGCUUGUUUUAUUGCGAAGUACAACCUACAAUCAAGCGCGAGCUACGUAUAAGUAAUAUGCAGUUGAGGUGGUAGUCAUAUACCAAGCAAUUUUGGGUUGUCCUUCAUCAGUUAAGGGCAAGGAGUCCGGUGGCAUAAAACAGACAAAAUGGCUCAUAGUCAGACAAAGCCACUAUCAGAGUUGCUAAGGAGCGGAGAUGAUUCCGAACCUAAAAAGCAAAGUCGCGAGGAGUGGCGACAGGCCAAGGAACUUGAGGAGGCUCGAAAACUCGGUAAUGCUCCAGCGGCAGUCGACGAAACUGGAAAAGACAUUAAUCCUCAUAUUCCUCAGUAUAUAUCAACGGUCCCGUGGUACGUGGGGAGUUCAGGGCCGACAUUGAAACAUCAGCGGCCUCAGCCAGAAAAACAGAAAGAGUUCUCAUCGAUACACGAAGGUUUCCACAGAGGCACAUUCCUCAGUAACCGGGCGACUAAGUGGCGAAAAGGUGCGUGCGAGAACUGUGGUGCCAUGGGUCACAAAAAAAAGGAAUGUAUGGAAAGACCACGGGCGCGAGGAGCUCGCUGGACCAAUGAUGACAUUGCCCCAGAUGACAUCGAUCAACCAGAUCUCAAGUUUGACUUCGAUGGAAAACGGGAUAGAUGGAAUGGAUAUGAUCCGUCGCAGUACCGAGAGGUCGUUGAGGAGUAUCGUCGGGUAGAGGAUGCCAAACGACUCCUGAAGGAGCAAAAACUAAAGGAAGAGACCGGUGAAUCAGGGGCAGGGAGUAGUGGAAAGCACGAAGAUUCGGACGACGAGGACAAAUACGCUGACAAGAUUGAUAUGCCUGGGACAAAAGUGGACUCGAAACAGCGCAUCACUGUUCGUAACUUGCGAAUUCGUGAAGAUACCGCGAAGUAUUUACGUAAUCUUGACCCCGAUUCGGCUCAUUAUGAUCCGAAAACUCGCUCAAUGAGGGACAAUCCGUACAAAAAUACUGGCAAAACACCAGACGAGGUGUCGUUUGCUGGCGAAAACUUUGUGAGGUAUACGGGUGACACGAAAUCAAUGCUGCAGGAUCAAGCAUUUGCUUGGGAAGCUCAUGACAGCGGUGUUGAUAUUCAUCUGUUGGCCGAGCCAACAAAGGCAGCUCUUUUGACGAAAGAGUUUCGCGAGAAAAAACAACAAAUGGAAGGCUCUAUCAAAACAGCGAUUCUGGACCGUUAUGGCGGCGAGGAACAUUUGAAGGCUCCCCCGAGAGAACUACUUUAUGGACAAACUGAAAACUACGUCGAGUACUCCAGAACUGGCCAGAUAAUCCGUGGAGCUGAGAAGAAAAUCGUCCGCUCAAAAUAUGAAGAAGAUGUUUUUAUCAACAACCAUACAACGGUUUGGGGUUCAUAUUGGGACUCGUUUAGGUGGGGUUACAAAUGCUGUCAUCAGUUAGUCAAACAGAGCUAUUGUACCGGAAUAGCAGGUAAAACAGUACGUGAAGAGGCGGUUACGACCUUGAGGCCAGGUGACCUCCACAAAACGACGAAAAAGAAGAUCGGAUCUGACAACGAGUCUGGUGAUGAAGACGAUGAAGGUUCACAGCUAAGUCUGGAGGUCAAUGCCAAAUUCUCCGUGGAGGAUGAGAAAGGGGCUGGCCCAAUCAGGCUUCCACCGGCAGUUGAAACUAUUUCAGAACUGUCAACCUCACUAGGCGGAGCAACUCUAUUAAAACAGCCAUUCACAGAUGAACAGGACCACGUCGAGAUAAAAACGAACGAUGCGACAGUGGAUGAUAAAUGCAAAAAUAAACAAAAGGCCAAACAAAAGCGAGCGAAAAAGAGCAGCAAGUGCAGUGGCUCAGAAGACGACGGCAGCGGUCAAGAAGAUAGCAGCGAUGAGAGCAAAAGCGAGGGUGGUUUAAACGAUACUGAAGUGGAUUCCGAGGAAGAGCGACGAAGCAAACGACGCAAAGAAGAAAAGCGUGCCAAAAGGAGGUUGAAAAAACGAAGAAGCAAGAAGCACAAACGGGAUAAAUUGAAACAUGAAAAGUCGCAGGAGGAGAAAUUGGCAAAGGCAAUGCGAAAAUUCGAAGAGGAACAAAAACAGGAAACGGAUGAAAGGAAACGCAAAUACAACUCGAUGUAUGAACACAAAGCUCCUACGGAGGCUGACAUGGAAGUUUAUUUCCUUAAGCGGCACCGUCCAGAAGAUCCGAUGACGCAUCUAUUAGAAAAGAACGGCUGAUAAAGGAAUUAGAAAAAGUCAAUUUUUACAUUAAUCACAGAACCGCGAUAUUGUUAUAUGCACCUGGAUUUCUAAUGGUUUAACUAGGCGUAUAUUACUUUUCAUUCAAGUUCAAAACUGAAAAGUGACCCGGAUUGUCAUUAAGAGCUAUCUUUAAAAAGGGAAUUAGUAUUUCUAUAUUAAAUAUUUGACGUCAUGACUGUUUCUUAAAACGCAUUGCUAAAAGCCAUUUGAUAGAAGCAAGCGGUCGAAUAGUGAAACAUACCGCUGCAGGCCGCAUCGGAAAGAAUCGUAUUAAUAUAUAAGUUGCAUUGUUCCGUUAAAUGUACAUAUUGAACUCAUAACAAACUUUAAUGUAGAUUCCUUUUUUGAUUGCUUGAAGCGUACAUUGGAUCUAUUCAUUCCGGAAAAAUAAUUUCAGAACAUUGCUUUAAACGUAUAAUGUAUACUUGAUGUUUAUAUUGGCAACAUGAAAUGAGACCGUAUUGUAAAUAGAAUCUUUAAAAUCUAGUGGAAAAUCAAUAUUUCUGUUAUGGCCAAGAUUCGUUUACUGUCCUUAUUGUAGUAAAGGUGUGGCAUACUUUUAAAAUAUUCAUAGCUCAGCUUUUGGAACGUUACACAGAUAUGGAUGAUGCGACACAGAGGUUACAACUACAGGUUCAGCCAUCAACAUCUAUACAUUAAAUAUUUCAACAAUGUAGUCCCUAUGUAGCUGUAAGCAUAUGUGUAGACUAAAUGCGUAAUACGUUUACAUUUCUUUUAGCAACGACAAGACACAUAUCGGCUCCAAAAGUAAACUUUUACAACAAAGAGAACUUGAAUGCCUCGCUACAUCGCGCAUUUUGAGAAAGGCUUUAACUGAGGUGCUUUUAUUGAAUUUAAAUAGACUCCAUUCAAACAUACAAGUCCCAAAACCGCAGUAUUUUAACAAGUAAUGCUAGGCAGAUAGCUAUCAAAAUAGAAAGUUUAGAACGAUUUAUAUGUUUACGAAGAUCUUCCUUUGUGGAACUUCCUUUGCCUACGGUCAAGAAACUACUGCAAGUUUUUGAAUAUUAUCAAGAAAGUGACUAGAAAAUGUUUAGAAAUGAGCAUAACUGAAGCACUGUUGAGAAGAUGACUGGUUGCUAAGAGGACAAAUGAACACUUUACGAUAAAUAUUCCUCCUCUAAGAUAAAUGAUUUGAUCUAGGAAGUAAUGUUUAAGUUCGAAAAGGAAUAAGUAUUGAGCAUUAACUAUAGAAAAUCUCUUACCACAUCCUUACGCAUGAUACGCGUUCAUUUAUAUUCGUAUGAUCAUCUUUGAAUGGAAUUUUGAAAAUUAAUAUUAGUUUCUCCUUGGAACGACAGAAUAAACAUUUGACUAACUCCCAUAGGAUAACGGAUCAGCAAUAACCGAGUGACAUGUCAGUAACAAUGGGAGGACGGAAAAUUGCAAUAGCCGGUAAGGAAAGAUAGCUAACGGCUCCAGCAAAAACGCUCGGACUAUUGGACUUUAAAGGCUAAAUGAUCAGAAUUAACGAUUACUAGGCUAUUAUAUUGUUAAAAUAAGGAAUUAACUACAGCAGAGUAAUUUCAUAACUAAAGCAGCACCAUGGGUUGACUAAGGCAGCGUAAAAAGGAAACUAAAAGCAAAUUCUUUUCAUUAUACAUCAUCUUAAGGUACGAAUGCCUUCGAUAAAGGCCUAAGGUCCAAUCGGAGGGUAAAUCAUUAAAGAUCUCUGAGGUGGUGCUAUUCCCGGCGAGGUCACGACUUGGUUGUCUAAAAACUCUGCCUCUAAAGAAAGCCACUUGCAUGAGGGUAUAAUGUUCUUUGGUUCUAAGUGAUGUCACGGUAGAUACUGCAGCCUAUUAAGUAGUAGGUCAUUGCUCCACAGAAAUCUCCGAAAAUGGUUAGUCACCCUUCUCAGUGGUAGCGUUUUGUCAGGACGUGUCAGGGCGGUUGAGCAGUGAAGUCGCUAUGUCGUAAUUCGACGCGCUACACCCUGUGUUUCACCUGUCAGAUGCUUAUGUUAUCUAUUAACAAAUAUACUAACGACCGAGGCUACCUGCGAGAGUUGCUUAAGACGGAUACGCACGUCAACCAAACACAGAAAUAUGAACCUAAAAGAGAGAUGCGGCAAUAGCAAGAAGGGUCCGCUGUGUUGGUUAUGCUAAAAUGCUUACUUCCAUUUAAAAGAAAGCGGUAACGGGCUGAGCGGCGUAGAGGGCAGGCGUCGCGUCUGUACUAAACAGGGAACUCAAUAAAAUCACUUCGUAUUUAUUUGCUAUAGUACACAGAACUAUUGCGCUGACAGCGUGAAAAACAAUAGCCUGAUUUAAGCUAGAAAGCACUAGGAUUACUCGGAGUCUUGAACUCUUAAGGGAUAUUAAAAUGAUGUUCAGAGCGAAAGAAGUUACUCAUAAUAUAACGUGUCAGAUUUAUAGAUGUAUAUGUAGCGAAAUACACCUGCACGAACUAAUAAGUACGUGAUUGCAACUAUGAAGCUGAAUUAAGCUCGCCUUAUUGCUCAAAAAGGGCUGCAGUAGCAAGAAGAAAAGGCUGCGCACUUUUUAUAUAUGGCAUGUCCAAAUCGAGCUGCGUAAUAGACUAAUAGUAAGGGUAUUUGGAAAAAGCUUUAAUUAACCUGAAAAAUAAUAUUUAUCGAAGUUUUCUUUAACUUGACUUGUUAGAGUUAAGGUAUCUUUUUUAUUUUAAAUAUGUGUUUUUAUGCAAAUGGCUUCAAACCAACUCGUUGCCCGACUCGGCGACCCUGCCUUUGCCCUCAAAAGCUUCUAUUCAAAUUAGUUAAAUUAAUCUUUUUUAACAUCCAAAUGCAAACUCUGAUACUAUACCUCUGCUGCUAUAGUAUACCUUAAAAAUUAUUUGUCAUUUGAAGCCAACCAGUCCCUAUUCAGUAAAAGAGACGAGACGGCGAACCCCUCACAGUGUUCUGCUCCUUUGUUGACGCACAUAUUGAGAAUGUCGGGUACGGUUAUGUUAGGGAUAAUUUCGUUCUCAGAAAAGAAACUCAACUCAAAAAAAUUGUUUUUGAAAAUAGUUUAUAUUAUUAUUAAAUAAUAAAUGUAUAUAUGGCGAUUGUUGCAAGCCAUUGACGACUGAUAGAUUAAACCACUCAAAAAGUCGACCUUGAAACAGAAACCUUGGCCAGGCGGUUUCAGAUAAGUUGGUUUUAUUUCAAAUAUGGUUAAUCCAGGGUAAGAAAGUACAGUGAGCCAGAAAGUAAUACAGGCGGCUUUGUUAUCUGUUGAGUCAA